AUGGAUGUACCAGAGGGGAAUGGAAACCCUUUGGGCAAUGGACUCGGUCGAGCUAGGCAACCUCGACCGAUUGGUCUAGGAGAUGCUCCAAACCGCCAUCAACAAAGACAAGGGAUUGUCCCACCACCUGUGCAGAACCACAACUUUGAGAUCAAGCUGGGAAUGAUCAACCUUAUCAAUGGUGUCUCUGAAGAUGCCAUCAAGCUGAGACUCUUUCCUAUGUCUCUUGCUGACAAAGCUCACCAAUGGGAGAAGAGCUUGCCCCAUGGCACAAUCACCACUUGGGAUGAAUGCAAGAAGGCCUUUCUUGCUAAGUUUUUCUCCACCGGUCGCACAGCCAAGCUAAGGAAUGAUGGCUGGCAGCUUGUGGAAAACAUUGCAAACUCCAAUGGAAGCUAUGGAGAAGAGUAUGAUCGCACCAACCGGAGCUCGACCCACCACUCGAUCGAGUCAGAUGAGAAAUUGAGAAAAGAUGUCAAAUCAUUGAAUGAGAAGUUGGAUAAGCUUAUCUUAGCUCAGUCCACAAUGAAGAAAGUCAAUUUUGUGUCUGCUGAAGAGAUGGAACCAGUCCAAGAAGGGGAGGAUACACAAUUUGCUGAAGUAUGUUACAUGAGCAAUGGGCAAGGAGGUUACAACAAAGGAUACUAUAAUUACAAGUCCAACCCAGCCAUGUCAUACAGAAACACUGAUGUUGCUAACCCUCAGGACCAGGUUAUCCUCAACAACAGCAAGCUCGAUCGAGUCAAGCCCCACAACAUGGCCUGCACCUACACUGAGAAUGAGCUCAAGGCUAUGCUGAAACAAUUGCUUCAAGGGCAAGCUGAUGGUGUUGUGGACACAAGCAAGAACAAGGACAACUACCUGGUAAAGCAUUCAGAACCCCAAGGAACAGUGCAAGGUCAUCUUCACUCAAGAAGGCUUGAUGAAGAAGAGGAUCAAGAGAGAGUCAUGGAAGAGUUUUGUUUGCUGCUGAAUGAUGACGAGAUUGUUGCUGCUGAGGCUCCUGGAGUCCAGAUUGAUCAACCUGAAGUGCAGCUACUACCAUAG